AAGAUUGAAACUGUAGAGAGACUCGAUAUCUCUUUACAUUCUUAGAUCUCUAGAAUAAGAAUUUAGACUCUGAUCUAGACUAGUAGGCCUAUUGAGAUCUAGAUCUAGACUCUACUUGUACUAGACGCUAGAAAAGAUUUCCGUGAUUAGAGUUGAUUAGACUUAAAAAAAUGGAACAACUGUAAUCAUUUCAUAAUUAAAUCGAUUGAGAUCAUCUUUCUAGAAUGCUGUUUGGCAGAAAACAAACUUCCUUAGCUUUAUAAUAUUUAGGCCUACUGUGUUUUGCCCCAGACCUGAUAUGAUUAUGAUGAUCUCUCAGACUUCUGUUGCUGGCUAAGACUAGAGGGGCACAAACAUAUGUUUCUGGGUGGGAUCACUGGCAAAAGCUUGAGAAACAGCAGUAGGAAUAAUUAUUCCUGGAGUUUGUUUCUCCUCAUGAUGAAUUUGUCAAAGUCUUCAAGAUCUAAAUACUUUACUAGAUUAGCAGUAUCAAGGCAAACAUGCUUGUCUCACCCGUGUCAAUUAUUGUCUACUGACAACUUGUGUGAAAAUGUCAGUGUUGAAGCCUGCAGCAAGAAUAAAAAAUUCAAGAAAGUACAAACUAUGGAGGCAAAUAUUCAAGACCAUGAAUCUGGCUCAUGUCCUCUAGCUGACAAUAUCCAGGGUUUGUCAUCCAGUAAUCUUGCUCUCAGUGUAAAACGAAGUUCAAAAUGUGCUGAGUCUGCUAGUAAAGAAACAUUUACUAGUGCUGGAAAUGUAAUCAAACCUAAAGUUAGUAUAGCAGAAAGUUUUCAGAGUGUUGAAAAAAGUUCAAAGGCAUAUGACAUUCCAAAUGUGGAAAGCAGUAUAAAAUUUGAUUAUAAGCCUGAAUUACAAUCAGAAGAAGUUUUAAAACCUGACUAUCAAAAUGAUGUAUGUGAAAGCAAAUCAUCAUGGCGACCUUAUCAAUGGCUAGAACAGUUGAGUAACAUCAGAGAAAUGAGAAAGUCUCGAGAUGCUCCAGUGGAUACUAUGGGCUGUGAUGUUAUCAGUGAUAGUAAAGCACCUCCCAAGGAUUAUCGUUAUCAGGUCUUGUUAUCGCUGAUGCUUUCAAGUCAAACAAAAGAUCAAGUUACUUCAGCAGCUAUGGGUCGGCUCAGGGAACAUGGAUGCAACGUUUCAAAUAUUUUAUCAACGUCAGAUGAUGUUUUGGGUCAACUCAUUUACCCAGCAGGAUUUUGGAAGAAAAAAGUCAAGUACAUAAAGCAGACGUCAGAAAUAUUGGCAAAUAAAUAUGGUGGUGACAUUCCAAACUCUGUUGAAGAUCUUUGCAGUUUACCAGGUGUGGGACCAAAAAUGGCACACCUUGUAAUGAAGUGUGCUUGGAAUACAGUCACUGGCAUUGGAGUGGACACUCAUGUUCAUCGUAUAACCAAUAGAUUAGGAUGGGUUCAAAAACCAACAAAGCAACCAGAGGAUACUAGAAAAGAAUUGGAAGACUGGUUACCACGAAGUUACUGGAGUGAAGUCAAUCAUCUAUUGGUUGGUUUUGGACAACAAAUAUGUCUGCCUGUCAGACCAAAGUGUGACCAAUGUCUAAAUCAGUCCAUCUGUCCUUUUAAAAAAUAAUAAAUUGCAUUCUAGUUUAUUUCAUUUGUACAAAUGCUAAGUGGAUAUUAAAUCAUAUUUUUAUAAUGAA